CGAUUAAAGAAAUUUUGAAUUUUACGGAGCCAUCAAAGAUUCAUUCAAUAAUAAUUCAUAAAGAAAACCAUAACCAUGCCAAUAAUAGUCAAGCCCCACCACGUGACCAAAUGUCACACGCAUGCUGGAUCACCCUUUUACAAAGCAACAAGAUUUGGUAUACUGUAUAUAAAUAUUUAUUUUAAUUCUAAAAAUAUAACAACAAAUAAGAGCAAAGCUAACAAAGAAAAACACGAUAAACUUCAAACCUAACACAAGAACUCCAUAAUAUCGUUUCUCCUUCGAUUCUUCUUCUUCACAGAAAAAUGGAGUUUGCUGUUGCAAAAGCUUUGAAACCGAGUUUAAGGAGGGAGUUUGUUUUUCAACAAACGCUAGGCGAGGAAGUUUUUUGCUUGAACACGAACACGGUGGUUACUGGUGAGGAUUUCUCCGUCGACGACCUCCUUGACUUCUCUAACAACGAUACUCUUCACCAUGAACACCACAACGACGACGAAGAAAAAGAUAGUUUAUCUCUUUCCUCUCACUCACUCUCAGAUGAUAGUAACUCCAAUUCCACCGACGCUUCCUAUGAUUCUAUUUUCUCAACUGAAUUACUCGUUCCGGAUGAUGACGUGGCAGACCUAGAGUGGGUUUCUCACUUUGUAGAUGACUCUCUUCCUGAGCUUUCACUUCUCUACCCAGUUCAAAUUCAAAGCAACGCUUGUCCUCAACAUGAAACCAAGCAUGUCAAAAUUACACGUUUACCCUCUGAAAAUGUUAAAAUUAUCACUAAAACCAGAACCGCCAAGAAUAGAAAACCCAAUCCUCAUGUUUGGACUUUUAGCCCAUUGCUUUUACGUCCGUUCUUCACGUCGCCGCCUUUGGUAUCCGGAGAGCCACCAGCGAAGAAGCAGAAGAAAAAGGCUGAGGCCCAAGCUGUUGUGGGUGAAGCCCAAGACCAGGCCCAGUUACAGCGACGGUGUAGUCAUUGUCAGGUGGACAAGACGCCGCAGUGGAGAACCGGCCCGUUGGGCGCAAAAACACUUUGUAACGCGUGUGGGGUUCGGUAUAAAUCCGGUCGACUUUUUUCGGAGUAUAGACCGGCUUGUAGUCCCACCUUCAGCAGUAAAGUUCACUCGAAUAGCCACCGCAAAGUGUUGGAGAUAAGGAGGAGGAAAGGGAUGGUUGGACCGGAAACCGGUUUAUCGGCUCAGACUCAAAUGGUUACGACUUGUUGAGUUUUUACUUUUUAGAAAAUAGUACUAGUUGGUUAGUGAUACCUCCACCAACCGGUUUGAACCGGGUUCCUUCUCUCUCUCUUUUUUUUUUGUAUUAUAUAUAUUUAGUGGUUGUAGUUUUAGUGCUAGUCAGCUAGGCAGCAGGUAGCGGAUAUUGUUAGAAUUAGGAAGGUAUUCAUUGUUUGUAUCUCAUUUUCCUAGCUUUGUUUGAUUUAGUUAUUUCUUAAUCUAAUACCGUUUUAAGUUAAUUGGAGGAUUUGUCAAACAAAUUAAUUGAAGGAAUAGUGAUUUAGGUGUGAAGCUGGUCA